CGCGCCGAGGAGAGGCGCCGCCGCCGCCGCCGCUUUGGGAGGGAGGGAUGGCUGGGCCCGGCGCCGCGGAGCCCCCGCCGGACCCCUACCGGGACACCUGGCUGCGCUACCUGGGCUACGCUAAUGAGGUGGGGGAAUCCUUCAGGGCUCUGGUGCCCGUCUCAGUGGUCUGGGCCAGUUACGGGGUGGCAACCGCCUAUGUGACCGCAGACGCAGUCGACAAGGGUAAAAAAGCAGCUGCAGCUGCAAAGCCUCUGGAGGAAGGAAGAACCACACGUACCGCCGUGGCGGUGGUGGACACGUUCAUCUGGCAAGGCUUGGCCUCCGUGGUUAUCCCUGGAUUCACUAUCAACCGCAUCUGUGCAGGGUCCCUCUACCUCAUGGGCAGCUUGACCCGCUGGCCCCUUCCUGUUAGGAAGUGGACAACAGCAGCUGUUGGGCUCAUGGCCAUUCCUUUCAUCAUCAAACCUAUCGACAGAGUCUAUGAUCCAGAUUUGGAAUUGGUUAAACAUGGGUCUGGGGAAAAGACCCUCACCCAUCUUGUUGGGUGUUGGGGUGAGAAUCAAGCAAGGGAUAAGAUAUUCCUUCAAGGUACGUUCAGGUACUGGGGAGCAAACAGAGCUGGACAUUUAUUUAAGCUUGAUCUUCAGAUCUUGGUUUUUUAAAAAAAAUGGGUCUUAUUUAGUAAAAAUAAAGAAGGAACUGUUCCUAGAACAAGCUUGAAUUUUAGGGCAGCUGUUCCCACAUGGUUAUGAUUUUGUUAAAGUUUUUACUUUAAGCGUAAGCCACCCAAAAGUAUCUGGAGGUGGGUGGCCUCUAAACUGUAUUAAAUAAAUAAAUAGUAGCAAGGACUAGCAAACCAAAGCCGCACGCUCUUUCCCCCUGCACUGUGAAGCCUGCUGAUGAAUUGUAGUAAAUAAUUAGCUAGUGACUAAUUGUACUGAAAUUUGCAACAAAUGGAGUUGGUUCAGACUGUUGUUCCACUGAAUUCUCACCAACCUGUUCUGCCUGACAGCUCAUUGGGGUUCCUUCUCUUUUACCUACCUUAAAAAUAAAGGGAAAACACG